AUGCUACGUCUCUGCCGCGUCCCUGAACUAGCUCCGUUGGACAGUUGCGGAAUAAUUUCUCCACCGUUUGUACUCGGCGCAUUAUCAGGAGUGCUAUGCCUCGUGGCUCUCGCCACCGCCCACAAGGGCCACCACCACGAGCACGGUGGUGGUCACGAGCACCAUGCACACCAUCACCACGACCAUGGUCACCACGGUCACAAGGGCCACAAAGGCCACCAUCAUCAUCACAAGGGUGAUGAGGGACAUCACGGCAAGCAUCACCACGAGGACCAUCACCACGAACACGGCGGCGGUCACAAGAAGCACUGGGAUGAGCACGACCACCAUGGUGAACACCACGAGCACGGCCACCACCACAAGGGAGGCAAGCACGGCCACCACGAGCAUCACGAUAAGGGAGAGCACGUUGAUGGAUACCACAAGAAGCACCACAAGGACCACUUCCACAAGGACCAUCACUUCCAUGACGGCCACCACCACGAGGGCAAACACCACAAACACCAUCACCAUCACGGACACCACGAAAAGCAUGGAGGACACCACAAGAAGGGUGGUCAUCAUCACGAAGGUCAUCACGAAGGUCACCACGGACACCAUGGUCACCACGACAAAGGACACCAUGACGAAGGUCACCACGAUCAUCAUGGUCACCAUGGACAUCACGAACACCACCACGGCCACCACGACCACGGCAAGAAGGGCGAACACGAAGACCACAAGCACUGGGGCCACCACCACGGCAAACAUUGA